GAACUAUAUAAGUCGAUGCCAUACGUUCACCAGGAAGACUAACACCACGCAGCCUUCAGCGUGAGGACAGCGAGUACUGGAGCUCCAGCAGCGCUUAUAUUUUUUCAUUUAUUAAUUACGUUUAUUAUUUUUAUAUAAAUCAUCAUGAACAAAUUUUUGAUUGUCCUAUCAAUGGCGGUAGCCAGCCAAGCGGCUUACCAAGAAUUUGGGCCUCAAAAAUUCGGCCCCCAAGAUUACGGAGUAGGACAUCAAGAAUACGCGCAUCAGCCUCAACCGAUCCACAACCAGCGCUUCGCUCCUCCAGCACCAGUCGGACACGACGGUAACGUGAUCGAUACCCCGGAAGUCGCUCAAGCUAAGGCCGCACAUUUCGAAGAAUACGCGAAAGCUAAGGCACGCGCUGCUGCCUCCCAGGAAAAGGAACCCUUGGACUCUCACCCUCAUUACCAGCAAUACGAAUCACCUGCUCCAGUCCACCGCGCUCCAACUUCUGUUCACUUCGCUCCUGCUGCAGUCCAUCAUGCUCCAGCUCCAGUCCACCAAGCACCAGCUCCUCUUCCCAGCUACAGAUUGGCCUCCUCGCACUACCCGGUCUCAGAGCCCCACUACCACAAUGCUGAGCCGCACUUCAACCCAGAACCCGCGAGCUACAACCACCAGCCGGCUUCUCACCAUUUUGCGGGUCCCGUCGCACCCAAGGCUCACUUCCAGCCCGCUCCUUUGGCUAAAGAUGGAACUGUCAUCGACACUCCCGAGGUAGCUGCUCUGAAGGCCGCUAGGUUGGCUGAACUCGCUGAUGCUGAAGCCAGGGCUGCUAAAUACGCUGGAGAUAAUUAUGAUGAGCAAGGAUUCAACGCUGGACAUGAAGGACACGGAGCUCCGGCUCCAGUUCAGUACAACUCAGCUUACCCCGCGCAGCCAGCUUACUCUCCCUACGGAAAAGCUGGAUACCAGCCGGCUCCGUCUUACAACUCGAAAUUAUAUCAAUCCCAACAGCUCAUAGGAUCUUACUUUGUUUAUAUUUUUAUUAUUCAACAAACUUUAACCAUGCGUUUGCUCGCAGUGAUAUUCGCGUUUAUCGUUGAAGUAACGCUCGCGAAAGCGACCUACAAUAUAGGGCCCACUUAUCACGGCCCACCAGCCCCUCUGUCAAAAGACGGAAAAGUGGUCGACACUCCGGAGGUCGCUCACGCGAAAGCGGCCCAUUUCGCGGCCUAUCAUCACAUCGCUUCCAAAUUGCCCUCUGAACCGGAUGAGUGGACAGAUGCUUACAAGGAGAAGGAUGAAGUAAACGAAGUAGCAAGCAACGAAAUCGGGCAUGGGGAUGGUCAUCAUGGACAUUAUGAGCAUCAUGAGCAUCAUGAUCAUUUUCCGGUCUAUCAUGGACCACCUGCGCCGCUGGGACAUGACGGCCGAGUUGUUGAUACUGACGAGGUCGCCCAAGCAAAAGCCGCUCACCUCGCAGCUCUAGAACACGCAAAAGCUCUAGCAGCCAAAUCUGGCGACCAUCAUGAUUACCAUCAUCACCCGGAGCACCACCACGAACAUGAAGAAUCUGCCCUGGUGAAAUCAUUUUACCACGUCCCAUUUUCUUACCACGGACCACCUGCUCCUCUGGCCCAUGACGGGCGAGUAAUUGACACUCCGGAAGUCGCCAAGGCUCGGGAUGCCCAUUUGCAUGCCUUAGCCCACGCUAAAAGUCUCUUUCAUCAUCCUUAACCAGCCUUCAUCUUA